AUGGUGAAGCCUCCUUACUGUGACAAGAUUAAGAUGCAAAUGAAGGAGGUUCAUUUGACAGAAGAGGAGGAUGCAAAGGCCCAUGCCUAUGCACCAAAGCAAGGCACAGGCAAUUGGGCAGCAGCCAUGCCGAAGAAGUCAGGAGCCAGGAGAUGUGGGAAGAGUUGCAGGAUAAGGUGGAGUGGUAAUCAAAGGCCCGAUCCUGGGCAUGGAAGCUUCACACCCGAGGAAGAAGACUUAAUCAUUAAGCUCCAUGCUGCAAUAGGGAGCAGGUGGCCGAUAAUAGCACAACAACUUCCAGGGAGAACCGAUAAUGAUGUGAAGAACGUCUGGAACACUAAGCUAAAGAAGAAGCUCUCUGCAAUAGGAAUUGAUCCAGUAACUCAUAGGCCCUUCUCCCAAAUUCUUGCAGACUAUGGAAACCUUGGCGGCUUCCCAAAAGCUAGAAAUCGAUCUGGCUGUCUCAGCAGAGACAUAAAGAAUGCAUUUGUGCUAAAAUCUGAACAAUCUCGUGGCCUUCCAGAGAGGUCUUCGCACUUUGACAGCCAUUUUGGAACAACAAUUUCACCACUCGCAGUGGAACCAUCCAAACACCAUUUUAUGAGCAACUGCAGCCAUAUCUCGGCUGCCCGCAAUCAGUCCCUUGAACUUCUUUCUCAGCUUCAGGCCAUAACAAUGGUUACAGAAGCCUCAACUUACACCAAUACUGCAGCCCAAAUCCCUGCCGAAUGCUACUCAUCAUCUGCAUCAUCAUCACCGGAAUCUCCGCCCUCAGCUACCAACCAAGCCGUUGCAUCUCCAAGCUUCAGUUGGUGUGAUUUUCUUCUUGAGGACGCUUUUGUGCCCACCACAUAUACUGAGGAGAGAGAGAACGAAAUGAAGCUCCCACUAAGUUAUGAUCCGAAGUCAAAAGAAAUGAAACUUUCUGUUGCAGCAGAAGAAGAAGAAGUGGAUAUAUCAGCCAAGACAGUUGAAGCUUCAGCAAUCUCCUGCGGUUCAUUUGUUGAAGCAAUGCUUGAAGGUGAAAAUGAAAUGCUGUCAGAUUUCCACGGCCUCUUGGAAGAUCCAUUUUACUACUAG